CAAUAAACAUAUGUUUGGCAAAUUAUGUCAAACAAACACUGUGCACUUUAAUAAAUUCGUGACAAAAUUAAAAGUUAUAAUGAUGUCACUUUUGCAAGGCUUUUGCAGAAAGUUUUCUCUGUCACUUAGGUUGGCACUACAAAACUCAACGAUUUUUCGACAACCUAAAGCUUGGAUACAUUGUUCACCGAUUCUAUGUGCUGAACCUUUAAAAAAGAAGAAAAAAUUAGAUCCACAAAUUAUUAAACAGCGCGAAGAUCGCCGUAAAAGAAAGUUAGAAAAGCAGAUUAGACGCUUGGAAAAGAAUGCGCGGCAACUUAAACCAGUCGAAGAAUUAGAAGUGCCUUUGGAAUUGAUAGAUCAGAAAGAGCAACGAGUGCGUGACUUGCCUCCAAUAUCAGCCGAAGAAGUGGAAAGGCGUUACGAUUUGAAUAAACGAUGGACUCGUUAUAAGCAUGAGCAAAAAAUGCUUGAUCUUCAAAUUAUGGAUCGUUUGAUGUUAUCUCAACAGAAAGCUUUAGAUGAAUUACGCUUAGAAUCAGAGGAAUUAUAUCAAGAAGCCAUACAACCGGAUGUUUCAUUGUUGCCAGUACGGGUCAAAGGACCGGUUGCAACACCACCUAUUGAAGGUUACAACUCGCCGGACGGUGAUUAUUUAUUAGACGCGAAAAAGUGGGAUUAAUUAGAAUAUUCAACGAAGUUCUUAAAAAGGUGGAAAUGGAAAAUAUUAGCCAUUAAAUUCAAUCGGUUUAAUUUUUCGAUUAUUGGUAAUUUUCCAAAAAAAGCCUUUUAGUGAAAAAGCGUUCAUUAAACCAUUGGACGUUUCUGUUCUAUUGAAAUUUUUGAAAAAUCUUAAUAAAUUAUGACUUUUGAUAAGUCCUUAUAGUUGCAUGAAAAGCUGUAACCUUGACAUUGUACUCUAUGUACUCUAUGUGAUAGGCGGAGAAAACGAUGUUCGCAGCCUCCGUUUUGCAGAACGUGCAGGGAGAUAGUGCUCAUAAGUUAGCCGAGAAAUCGGAAGAGCAAUUGCAAGACGACUCUUUAAUAACAGUUAAAAAAAUUCAAAAGUAAACUGUCAUUGCUUCGUUUAUUUGAAGCCAUUAUCAUGAUAUUGAAUAAUAAUAAUGAAAUAAAAAUAAACUUGUAUUAUUCAUCAUCAAUAUAAAAAAAGGAUGCAAAAAAGUGCGCAAAUGCGGCUUUUUAUUAAUAAUAUCACGGCCUCUAUUUGCUGAGAUCAAUAGUUUUUGAUUCCUGUCAUCUAAAAUAAUAAAUAAUUGCUAUAUUCUAGUAAGGAAAACAAAAAAACACGCAGGCAGAUAAAAUAAAAAAUAGCGACACUGUUAAGCCAUGCCAUAUUAAGAAGAAGAAAUCUUUUGAUAAUAGUUUCUAUUACCUACCGUAUAGCAUAAUACACUUGAACGUUAAGUUAUGUGAGCAACAGGAAGUCAAUUUUUGAAAAUAAUUCAUGGUAGUUGAAUUCAAAAGGAGAAACAGCUGCAUAAUGUAUGAAAUAAUGCGUGGUAAUUCAAUUCGUAAGGAGAAACUCAAAUGAAGCAUAACGAAUUAUAAAAGCAACUUAACCUGGGAAUUAUGCGAAUGUUUAUAAGUAGUCGCAAAUAAU